GUCAAGUGUUGUUGUUGUGUUCGUUUCCAUUGCGUUUCUAUUCAUUUGUCGUAUUUAAACUAUUAUUUACGAUGCCUAAAGUUGUAAAAAGUGCUGGUCGAGAAAUAAUAUUGAAGGUGAAGGAGUUUUGUGAAGCAGAACAGAAGAAUCAGGGGGUUUUGAUACCAAUAAACAAUGUUCGUAAGAGAGUAGCCGUCAUGACAGGUGUGUCUGAGAAAACAGUUUCGAGGAUAACACAAGAAGGAAAAGUAGCGGCUAGUACUUCGAAAAGGAUUGUCACACCAGGGAAGAGUCGCCUACGUGCAAAAAAAAUUGAUUUGGAUGGAUUCGAUCUAUGUUCUAUUCGCCAUAAAAUUCACCAGUUUUAUACGGUAAAAAAAGAACUUCCUACUUUAAAUAAAUUACUCGCAGUGUUAAAAGAAGACAUUGGGUUUGAAGGAAGCCGCGCCACGCUACAUAGAAUACUGCAAAUUAUUGGUUUUAAAUACAAACGAUGCCAGUCAAAAAGUAAGUUAUUAAUAUAACGGUACGAUAUAACUGCUUGGCGCGCUAGAUACAUAGAAAAGAUGAGAAAAAAUCGAACCGUAGAGAAAAGACCCGUGGUGUUUUUUUUCUUGGAUGAAACCUAUAUCAUGCCAAAAGUUGUUGGCAAAGUGCAGAAGUGCCAGGGCUAUUCACUACCGAGUCCGUUGGGAGUAGGUGGAUAAUUGCUCAUGCUGGAUC